AUGCCCUCCAAAGAGCGGGAAACCGAAGCCGACGCUGAGGAACGCCCUCGUGAGAAGCAUCGUCGCUCCAAGCACAAGGAACACAGGGAUGACAAGGAGCGCUCUCACCGCUCCUCCAAGUCGAGCCGGCCCAAGCCCAUCGAGGGCAGCGAGACACAUUCGCACGCGUCGUCGAGACGACACCAUCACCACCGCAAGCGAGACAAGGACAAGGACAAAGAUGAGGUGAGGAUCCGGUCAACGUCCGGGAGCGAUUUGUUCUCUGGCGUAUCCACCUCUCGCCUCUCGUUCCCGUACCCCUCGUUCAGCAAGGCACACAGCAAGGAGGCCGUCAGUCGCGAGGAUGUGUCGACGCUGAGCCGCCACACCAAUCCUUUUACUCCAGAGCCGACCGAUGUUGGCGACGAAGAAGCCAGGCGAUCCAAAUCCUCCGAGCUCCCUCGGAGGUCGUCGACGGUCUCCAAGAAAUCCCCCCGACCCCCAACACCCCCCGAUACCGAUCUAUCUGCCGACAAGAAACAUGACGAAGAAACUCCAAGGGAUAGGUCUAAAAUCAGCCAUAAAUCCCGGACAUCGAGCCAGGCAACCUACGUCAAGCACAAAGCACACGAGAAAAUUCGCACAGACUCUCGAGCAUCAAGUCUAUCCCGCCGCUCGUCCAGGGGAUCAAAGGGAUCGCCAUCCACACGAAGCGUACGAGACCGCGAGAGAGGCUCAUCCCCAUCUAGCCCGCGAGACUCGUCUCCAAGAACACCGACCCAAUCGGCGGUACCAUAUACCCCUCAUGUGUACGGCACAAUCCAUGGCGAAGCUUCCGCUACGCUCGUAAACGAUGAAGAGACGUCCGAAAUCCCAUCUAAAACCGCCACGCCCGCGUCGGUCGUACCCAGUGCGCCUCCGCCGCCGCCUCCUCCGCCUCCUCCUGCUAUUGAUAUCCAAGACCUACCACGCGUAGACUACCUUUUGCAGAACGGAGGACUUGCAUACCCAGCACCAAAGAAUUUCCUCCAAGUCCUCCCUCGGCAAAAUGGUACCCGCCCUUCAAACCCACCACUUGCUGGCGCCGACACUCUCUUUGCCCCAUUCUUCAACCUCCUCGACCAGUACCAGACCGUCCUCGGAAAGCAGGGGUCUAUUGCCGUAGCCACUGGUCAUCGGUCAGUGGCGCGACGUCUACUAGACCGACUCGAGAAUGUCUUCUCUCGAGACCUUCCUCCCCAUGGCUGCUCGUGCGUCAUGUGUGAUAAUCAGGGCCACCAAAUUCACCGCGGACUUACCUGGGGUGAUGUCCUUGAAUGGGUCAGUGGACGAAUUGAGCUCCCUCAGUGGCCUCCAUUUGACUUGGCCGAAAUUGGCACCAAGGCCGCCGAGAUCUCAGCCGAAGAGCCGUUACGUCCACGGUCCCCCGUGAAGAUGGAUCCUGAUAUCGAUGAGCAGUUCAGGGAGCAUUAUCUGCGCCAAUCGAAGAAAGUGCGGUCGGCAGUGGACAAAUGGCUGACCAACACGGGAGAGACGCCCGUUCCUCCAUCACAAGACGUGGAUGAUGAGACGCUGACAUUUGCAAUCCUCACAAAUCUGGACGCUGAUAACCGACCAUUCUUCAAUGCACUGCUUUCUGGGUCGCGAGAGCUUCGUCCAGCCACGAGGGCCCCCACGCCAGCACCCAAGACCCGCAACGACUUUUUGGUCAAGACUGGACUCUCCCUGCAGCGGCUCUACAGACUUCCACAGGCACCGCGCGAUGCCGAGUGCGCCUGUUAUCUAAUCAAGAACCCCCAAACCCACGACUUGCUAGUCACGAUGGCCAACAUCAACAAUUCAGAGUGGGAGAUUCUUACCUCGGGACGAUUUGACGGAUUUUUGUGGUCUGGUGCUGAUGCCGAGGACGCCGGCAGCCCCGCAUUUGACUCGAGAAACACGACACCAUUCUCAAGGCCAGCCUCGCGUGUGCCAUCAUCAACAGGGCUCCGGUCCUUCUCGCCCUACUCACGCGGCGCCACGCCUGCAUCAUUCGUGAGCCUGUCCUCAACCGGGACGAUGGGUGGACGACACCCAGUGUCAAAUGAUGAGGAGAUGGAGAUGGCUGCGAUUGCCGAGAUUGAGCGAGAAAUCUACACUGGGAUGGAGUCUCUAGAGGAUGCCUUUGAGAAGCUCCAUCGGCGGGCGGAGAUGGUGAGGACGGCGCUCCGCCAACGAGGCGCCGGGCUGAUGCAGAACCUCCAGAUGAGGAAACGCAUCGAUGUCCUUCCUCCUGGCUCUGGCAACUCGAACUCCUCAGGAUACGAGCGACCCGGUUGGGCCACUGCUGGCAGUGAGUUCGACGUGAGCGACAGCGAGUGUGGAAUUGACGACUUUGAGAUCAUGCCCGACGACUCGGCGAGCAACAUCAGCAGCUCGCGGCACCGACGACCCAAGAGAAGGACGGAGAGAAGAACUCCUGCUCCUAUCGAGGAAGGGGACGAGGAGUAA